AUGUCGGAUGAAAACAGAGUGAACGAAUUAGAGACGCAGGUGUUGCAAGAAUAUUCUUCUAUAGCACAGACUAUGAAGAGGUUCAAUCAAGUGUGUAAAGAACUCAGUCAUAACCCAAAUGAGCAGUUAUUACAACAAUUACGUCAAUUAGAGCAGAAAAUGGGUCUCGUUUUGACUUUAUAUAAGGCAUCAGUGUGGAGUGUUAUUAUGGAUGAACAACAACAACAGCAACAACAACAAUAA